UAAGAUGAAAGUCAAACAAUUACUCGUCUGGUACAAUCUGGGGACAAGGAUAAACUCAGAAAUAAGUCAAUUGACUGUUGCGAAACUAUACGUGCAAAUAAAAGUUCUUUUUAAAAGGCCAUUUCGACCCAACGUUAAUUCUGUCGAACCUUGAAGCUUGGAGACUCAGGAUGCCAAAAUACGUGUACCACUACUUUGACAUACGAGGCCGGGGGGAGCCGGGGCGUAUGCUGUUUGCAAUGGCCGGGAUACCUUUUCAGGAUCAAAGGAUACCCCAAUCAGACUGGCCACAGUAUAAAGCUAAGACACCGAGUGGUUCUUUGCCGUAUUUGGAAAUCGAUGGAGAAAUUAUGACCCAGAGCUUGGUCAUUUUUCGACAUUUGGCGAGGUGUUUUGGCUUGGAUGGAGAGAACCUUCUUGACAAAGCAAAAGUGGAUGAAAUUAUAGAGUACCUGGCAGAGAUGAAAGAAUCUAUAUUCAGUUGUUUUCUGGGUCCACAAGACGAGGAAUCGCAGAAAAAACUGAAGGAAAAGAUGGCAGAAAGCGUUAAUAAAACUUGUACCCAGAUAGAGAGAAUCAUAGCCUCAAAUAAAAGUGCAGAGGGGUGGGCAGUGGGUAAAAGGCUUACCUUUGCAGACAUUUUCAUUUUCGAGGCCUUUUCUAUCGUUUUGCCAGCGCAGCCGAACAUCUUGGAUAAAUUUCCCAAGAUCCAAACUGCCCGACGGAAGAUGGAGUCUCAUAGCUUGAUGAAAAAGUAUCUCAGUCAGCGGAAGGAAACGCCUUUUUAAAGACGUGCCAAUUAUGACGAUGUAAAAAUAUGAAUUAAUUAAGUAUGGAAACGAUAUGUAAUGCGUUUGUAUCUUUAAACAGUACCGGGUAUUACUGGAACAAUGCAAUAAUUUACUUGCAAUGCAAGUAUAAAUCUUGGACUUUCGAACUAUGGACCUUAUUUUACAUUUUAUGUACAUUACAAGUUGUUUUAUUAAUAAAUAUGGAUUCGCA